ACGGGAACUCCCGGAAAAAUUGGUCAACUCGGUCGAUAAAAAAUCGUAUUGCUACUACACCGUCAACAUACUACCAUAAAAACCCAACGCCCUCAAUAAAGCAGUCGCGAAAUUUACUGGGAGUCCCAGUGAUAUUACCUCACACAUUAAGCUCGCCGGAUUUACCAGCGCCAUUAAAAGCCUCUCUAGAUGACCAUUCAGGACCUUUGAUAACCCUCCACAAUACAAGUCUUGGUUCACCGAGUUUGAAAUCACCAGCAGCUAAAAUAGUUGAGGAACCAAUAAUGCAUCAACACAAACGUACUGCUAGAUCACAAUCAACGUUAGUACUUCCCCGAUUGGAUGUACCACCGGGUGAGUUGUUAAAACUUCAUCAUGAUCAUCAUGAUAAUCACCAGGACCUACAUCAGUUCCCAAGUGUUAAAAAAACAAAACGUUCGCGAUCACUAUCACCGUGUCAACUUCUACAAUGCCACUGUUACAAUUGCAAUGUCUCUGAAUUAAUUCAUCAAGAUUUGAGUCCCUCUGAGCGUAUUAACUUGCAUACAUAUUUCAAUCGUUCAUUAUCUCGAAAAUUUACCAAUUGUUCGUGUUAUAAAUUAAACAAUAUUAAUCUAAAUGACGAUGUUGAUAAUUAUGUUAAAAAAAUAAUCACUAUUGACAGUAACAAUGCCGAAGAAAUAGAUAAUAACAAAAAAUUAAAACUAUACCGUAAAAAUUCAUUACCCGUGUCAAUAACGACCGAGUCGACUAAGCAUGUAAAUCCCAUAAACUUUAAUUGUAAAUCACUCCUGUAUGAUAAUAAUGAUAAUGAUGAAUGUUAUGAUACGAGUGUUUCAAUGGCAAAUAUUAGUGACUGCUCGCACGAUACUGUUAUUAAAAAAAAAACCACUAUUACUACUAUCACUGCUACUAUUUCAACAAAAACUAUUACUACUGGAACAACAGUAAUUAAAUCCUUGUCCAAGUUCCAAACGCAACGAUCCUUAUCGUCCCCAGACACACGACCUACGAUCAUUCAACCUAACCCUACCUGCACAGCAAGGCGCCAUCGUCACAGUAUCUCCGGGCAGAUGAGUUAUUUAAAGCUGUUGGGAUACAAUGUCAACAAAAAACUUACCGGAUCAGCUAAUAGUCUAUUCAGUACUGCGGUAAUCAGUGGUUCCUCUAGCGCGCCCAAUCUUAAAGACAUGGUACCAGCGCAUGCUUCUGCGGUGGCUGCUAUUGAAGGAUUUGGUGGAGUCCCACCUAUAAGACCACUUGAAACUUUGCACAACGCGUUGUCAUUACGGCAGCUUGAUUCAUUUUUGGAAAUGAUGGCUAGCUCCUUAUUUCGUACGCCCGCGUCUUCUCCGCCGAAAAUUUCAUCUCCAGGUACUCAUCCGCAUUCAUUGGUUCCUGGUCUUGCAAUCGAUGCUAUCAACAAAGAUUACCGUCCUGGAGAUUUAGAACCCGUGCGAUUUAUUAGUCCUGGUUAUAAAGGGCAAGAUAAUGAAACAACUGAUCAUCGCAAUAUUUCAUCACCAACUAGCCCAAAUAGUUUAGGAUGGAGUAGCGGUCCUCAAUCAUUUCUAUCAUCGGAACCAUCAUCGCCAGCUCCAACUUCUGCCGGAGGAAGUAGCAUGUCUAUGAGUUUGAUCAGCAAUGAUGGUCAAGGGUUUGCCGGUCCAACUUAUUCCACGACUCCAUGCAUCGAAAUGAAUUUCAAUGAUUUUUGUAGGACGAUUGAUCAGGACAAUCGUGAAGGACGCGGUAGUAUUUCUUACACUGACUAUUACAGCAACGAAGACGGUAUUAUUAGAAGAGUAACGCCUAAAGAUAAAGAUAAGGAUGGAGGCUUGCAAGAUCCAAUGGAUGAUGAAGAAGACCAUACGUUGACACUCAGGCAAAACGAGGAACAGAAAAAGCAAGAUGUUAAGUCUCUUUUUGAUCAGAAAGAGAGCUUGGUGAAACCCGGAAGCAGCUUUAAAAAAAUUGGAAGAUUUCGAGUCGAAAGUAUGGAGAUAGCUGAUGAGGACGUACGAAUCAAAGAAACAGAAUCGAAGAGGCCAGAUGAACUAAAGAAAUCUAAAAUAAUUCCUAAAGUAAAAAAAGGAAAAUUAAUAUCACGAUCCCAAAGUGUUUCUAAUGCACAGAUUGAUAAUAUUAUGGGAAAUAUUACGGAAGUUGAUCGAGAAACAAGUCAUUAUUCAUCAACUUCAUCUAUGAAAGUCGGAUCAUUUUCAAUCCCUUUGGACAAGGACUUGAGUGACUGGAAGAACCCUGAAUUACAAACAGAAGUAUCACCGUCGGUGUCAUUACCUUCACCUGCGAUUACAAUUAAACAAGAAGAGCCGAUUGUCGUUGUAGCUAAUUCAAUGGAAGAUAAAUCUAGGUUUACAAUUGGAUUUGAAGUAGAUGACAACAGCAAAGAUUGAAGUUUAACAGCAAAGAUUUAUGUAUAAUAAGUAGGCAGUGGUUGGAAUUUAAACAAUGAAUUUUGCCUUUCUAGUUUAUUCGCAAGCUUUUUAAUAUAAUUAUAAUCGAUUGAAAACAUUCAGAUACUUAAAUUUGUUUAUUUAUUGGAAAAUAAUUUCAGCGUCUCUUUUAAAAGUUUAAGAGAUAUUUUUGCUAAUGAAUUAAUUUGAAUUUAUGAAAUAAAUACAUUCCUGUUUUGACGAUGUAACUCUAAAAUGGUACCUGGGUAAAAAACAUUUUAUCAAUGAAAUGAAGAUUAUUCUAGUAUUAGUAAGGAUUCGUGUACAAUUGGAAAAUAUGUAUUAUAUUUGUAGAGUAAUGUUAGAAUGGAACUGUAUAAUAUUAUUAAUAAUAAAUGUGAGCUAAUACAUGAA